UUCCCUAGAACAGCAUACGAUGGGUCUCCUGUCCGUACCGCUGAAGAAACCGUCCGAGGUGGACCUAGCCAAGCCUCUGAAAACGCUCGUCCAGAGCAACUAUCGCAAUCUGGCCCCGGAACAGCUGAACGUCAUCAAUGACGCUAUUUCGGAGCUAAAUCAACUACGCAACACAGCCGUCUGGAAGGUGUUCGAUAAGCAGGAAUCGGGUCUCGAGCUAAACUAUCGCUACUACGACCAGCUAACUGCGCUGGAGUCGAAAAUUCCGGUACAGGAGCUGCAGGUGCCGUUCAAGUGGAAGGAUGCAUUUGACAAGGGAUCCAUUUUCGGUGGUCGCAUCAGCUUGACGCUUACUUCGAUCGGGUACGAAAGGACUUGUGUAUUAUUUAACCUGGCCGCACUGCAGAGUGCCGUCGCCAGCAACCAAAGCGUCGACAACGAUGAAGGAUUAAAGCAAGCGGCGAAACUGUUCCAACAAAGUGCAUCAAUAUUUACGUUUCUAAAGACGCUUGCAUCCGCUACGAUCCAGGGUGAACCAACACCCGACCUGUCACAGGAUAGUUUGACCGCACUCGGCAACCUGAUGCUAGCGCAGGCUCAGGAAAUGUUCGUCAUCAAAGCGAUUAAAGACAACAUGAAGGAUCUGGUCGUGGCGAAGCUGUGCGCUCAGUGCGAGGAACUCUAUUCAGAAACGCUUCGAUCGAUGCAGCGUGACAGUGUGAGGCCACUGUGGGAUAAGGAAUGGAUUCCGCAGGUUGCUGGCCGUCAGGCAGCGAUGCACGCGCUGACCAUGCUGUACCACAGUAAAGUGUCGCAAGCGAACAAAGCGUUCGGCGAGGAAAUCAGUCGGCUGCAGAAAGCGGUCGAACUGUUCAAGACGGCGCAGUCCCGUUCGUCCAAUCCCACCCUGUUCCAGGAGUACGCUCAGCGUGCCCAGAAGAGUUUGGCCGACGCGAAGAAAGACAACGAUUUCAUUUACAACGAAAUCAUUCCGGAUGUUAACAAUCUACCCAGCCCGGGUAAGGCACAGCUGGCGAAGGUUCUCCCGAUGGCAACACACUUGAGUGAAGAGUUUAGGGAUCUGUUUACCGCGCUGGUACCAGUUGCGGUUAAUCAGGCUUUAGCGGCGUGCGAAGGUCGAAAAACGGAACUGGUCAAUGGGGAAAUAAUGCGACUGCGCGAGGCAACGACGGCAUUGAACGGAUUGCUUUCGAGCUUGAAUCUACCGGCCAUCGUUGAGGUGACGGCCACGGGCGACAGUUUGCCACCUUCGCUGCAGGAGAAAGCGAGCGCGGUAAGGGAAAAGGGUGGAAUCCGGCAGCUGAAGGAACUGAUCGAACGUUUGCCGGAAUUGUUUACGCGCAACAAGGAAAUUCUGGAUGAGGCCUUCCGUAUGUUGGACGAGGAGCGUGACUCGGACAAUCAGUUGCGAGCCCAGUUUAAGGAUCGAUGGACGCGCACCCCCUCCGACAAAUUGGCCGGAACGUUCCGUGCGAACGGUGAGAAGUAUCGUACGAUCAUCAAUAACGCCACCGCAGCGGAUAAGGUGAUCCGCGAGAAGUUUGCCACUCACAAGCACGGACUCGAGCUGCUGUCGAUGGCAACUGAUCAGCUUGCAAAGGAGAUUCCCUCGGCCGGGGCCGGAGCCAGCAGCCAAGCGUCCAACUCAUCCGCCGCACAGGCACUCCGUACGCUGAUGGAAUCGGUCGAAACGAUGAAAGCGGAACGGGAAUGUAUCGAGGCGGAGCUAAAAUCGCUCACGAUCGAUCUGAAGGAACGUUUCCUCGGAGCGCUCUCAACGGAGGGUGUCAUUAACGAACCGGCCAUUUCACUGUCCGAAAUUGGCAAACUGAUCGGUCCACUGCAGGAGCAGGUGGGUGAAACGGUUGCCCGCCAGCAAGUGCUAUCGACCGAGAUACGUGAGGCACACGAACGUUUCGUGUCGGAAUCGGGCGUAUCGACUGAUCAGCGCGAUCGAACGCUAUCCGAGCUGGCCGCGGCCUACGACGUGUUUACCGAGCUGCAGGGCUAUCUGCAGGAGGGCGAAACAUUCUACAACGGGCUGACGGAGAUUCUGCUCGUCUUCCAGAGCAAGAUAAGCGAUUAUUGCUUUGCGCGCAAAACCGAAAAGGAAGAGCUGAUGAAGGACUUGACGCACGAAUCGAGCCGUCAAGCGGUUCCGGCGACACCGAUUAUUCCAACGCACCAUACGUCCACCACGGCAAUGAACGAUUUGGGUAGCAGCUCGUCGGCACCAAGCAGUAGUGCUCCACCAGCAGCAGCGGCAGCGGCCGCCGGUCCAACACCCUAUCCCCAGCAGAUGCAAGGCAUUCCGAUGGCUGCGGCAUACGGUGGAAAUAUGGCAGCGAUGGGUGGUGGUUUUACCGGAUACGCACCACCACCGAUGCCGCAAGGUUUCAAUCCCUACGGAACACUCCCUUAUCCGUCGGCCUACACCGGAUUUCCACCGGCAACUAUGGUACCGCCACCGUAUUAUGGCACGUAUCCAGGAGCGUACGGUGCCCAGCAUCAGCAGCAACCGCCGCAAGGUGCGCCCGGAGCGCCGAACUCUAACAACCCAAUGGGAUGGUAG